CCAAAUUUUCUCUAGGGAUUUAGGAUUUACAAUCACUUCUUCUGCAAAGUUCAUCUGAUUCCAUGAUGUCAUCUCUAGCUGUUGUUCGGAAUCCACUGCUCAUCCUCCUAACUAGUUUCUUCCUUCUUGCAGCAGCUCAACAAGGUUUCCGCAAUGUCAGUGUGGGCGAUUUUCUCCAUGCCGAUGAUCGAAACGUUACAUGGAAAUCACCAUCCGGUGAUUUUGAACUUGGCUUCCACCGUGCUCCAGACCAACAAGAUCGAUUCCUCCUUGCUAUCUGGUUUGCCCAGAUACCCAAUAAAACCAUAGUUUGGUCUGCAAAUGGAGACAACCCUGUAGAGAUAAAAUCCAGAAUUGAGCUUACCUCCAAUGGCCUAGUGCUCAGAGCUCCUUCUGGCAUGGAGCUUUGGUGGUCUAACAGCACCCAAGAUGGCACUGGAGUGGUAUCCCAUGCAGCCAUGUUGGAUACCGGAAACUUUGUCAUCACAGGCAGGAAUUCAGACAACAUAUGGGAGAGCUUCCAAAAUCCAACAGACACAAUCUUGCCAGGACAAGAACUAAGCCUAAACAGCACUCUUUCAUCAGCCUUCUCUGCAACAAGCUACAAGAAGGGAAGAUUUCAGCUCCGUUUCACCUCCGAAUCUCUAGUCCUCAAUCAAAUAGAUGUAGAUACCGGAAAACCGUUCGAGUUUUACUUAAACAUCACAGAUGGUUCCAGGCUGAUCUUCAACAAAUCCGGGUAUAUCCUGAUCAGGAAAUCAAGUGGAAGUCUUGUCGAACUUGCGCCAAACAAUACAGUCCCAAAACAGGACUCAUACUACAGGGCAACACUUGGUUUUGAUGGAGUUUUCACCCUGUAUUCUUACUCCAAGACCUCCUAUGGAGGUGCAACCUGGGCAUCUUCGUGGUAUAUACCUAAGGAUAUCUGCGCCAGUUUUGUGAAUUUGGCUCCACUGGGAAGUGGACCUUGUGGGUACAACAGCAUCUGUCAACCUAACCAGGAUGGGAGGGCGACAUGUCGGUGCCCAAACGGGUUUUCUGUACUGAAUGCUAAGAAUCCACUUUUUGGAUGCAGGCCCAACUACCAGACCUACCCAGAAGACUGUAACGAGGAAGGCUCUACUAUUAGGGAGGAUCGUUUUGAGUUAAGUACAAUGCAAUUUGUAGAUUGGCCCUUUGGUGACUAUGAACUCGUGCAGUCUGUAAAUGAGAUAGAAUGCAUUAGGUCUUGCCUUGUUGACUGCAUCUGUGCAGUAGCCUUCCUGAAUCCUCCGGAGCUGAACAAUGGCACUGGAGACUGCUGGAAGAAGAAACUACCGCUUACAAGUGGGUGGUUCAAUCAAGAUCAAAUUAAGACAAAAGCAUUUAUCAAGGUACUGAAAUCAGGUGAAUCUCCGUUGAGCCCUCCCAAUCCAAAUCCAAGCAAAAAAAGGCAAAAUCAAGCCACUCUCAUUCUGUCGUAUCCAGAGGAAAGGAGAGAUGGAGACGAAUCUGCGUUGCUUCUCAUACAAAGAACUUGAAGAUGCCACAAAAGGAUUCAAGGAAGAACUGGGAAAGGGUGCCUUUGGAACUGUUUA